AUGGCUGCUGCCGCCGUGUCCGUCCCCUUGUCACUUGGCCUUCCCGUGCCAGUUGGGUCCAACAAGGGGAAGGUCGCUCAAGAAAACUUGGCUUGGCUCAGGCCAACUUAUAAAGAUACUCCUAUUGCUGAGAUGCGAGAUAGACUCAAAGAGGAUGGUUACCUGUUUUUGAAGAACUUAAUCCCAAGAGAGGACGUGCUUAAAGUUCGAUCUGAAUACUUCACUCGGUAUGCUCCAACUGGAAUACUGGAGCCCGGGACCUCAACGGAAGCCGGCAUAUUCAACUCGACCCAGUCACCGGUAGCCCACGGUGGCAUCGGUGCUGGCGAACUCCCUCCCACAGAUCUGCAGGUCACAACCAUGACGGAGGCGCACAAAGCUCCGGAAUAUCUUGACUUUGUGGCACACACGGACCUACGGAGUUUUAUCAGGAACCUAAUGGGGUGGGACAACGAAGUGCUACUCCAGCGGACAAUGCUUCGGCACAACGUCCCAGGAGCGCUAAGUACCGCUGUACACUAUGACAAGCUAUUCCUUCGAGGCGGCGAGGCCUUUUUCCUCACUGCAUGGAUUCCCAUUGGGGAUGUGUCACAAAAUGGCGGCGGGUUAAUGUAUCUGGCUGACUCGGCGGGGCUGGGCAGGUCCAUCGAGGAGGACUUUACUCGCAGAGCUGCCGAACUGACUCCAGAGGAGAGGAUCAGUGCAUUCAAUGUCAAUAUGGAGAAGUAUGGACAACUGUCUCAGAAUGCCGCCGAGUUUGGUGAGAAGCACAAGCAUCCGCGGUGGUUGGUGGCCAAUUAUGAAGCUGGAGAUGUUGUGUUUCACGACCCAUACAUGAUUCAUACGAGUUCCUUCAAUGAGGACGCAGAGGGUAAAAUCAGAUUAAGUACUGAUUUGAGGUUUUAUCGGGAAGGAAGCGAUUUGGAUCAGCGCUGGAUGCAGUUUUGGAAACCAGGUGAUGGGCUUUGA